AUGGACUUUAUGAAGGUUAUAAAUGAGUUGGGUUAUGUAAAAAUCAAGGGCAUGUGGUAUCAUCACCCAAAAUUAUCAUUUGAGCGUGGGCUAAGACCUCUUGACAAUGAUGCAGAUGUGUUGAAAUUUGGGGAAGACAUGAAUGGCUACGAUAUUGGUAAUAUCUAUGUUGAGCAUGUAGUAGAUGAACCCGAAGUUUUAACAGAAGAAGAAGUAAGAGAGUAUGUUGAAGUACAUAUGGAAGAAGAAAAUGUGGAAGAGAGGGAAAAAGUAAAUGUGGAAGAGAUUGAAAAAGUAAAUAUGGAAGGGAGGGAAGAAGUAAAUAUGGAAGAGAGGGAAGAAAUAAAUGUGGAAGAGGGGGGAGAAGAAGUAAAUGAGGAUGAAAGUGAGGAAGACGAAGAUUUUGUGCAAGAUGAAAUAGAUGAUUUGGGGGAUAUUGAAUUUGAUGACUUAGUUGAGGAUGAUUGGGAUUGGACACACGAAGUACCAAGCCACACAUUUACACAAGAAAACAACGAUGCAACCCAAGUCUCCUCAACCCAAGAACCAACCAAAGCAUCUGAUUUUCAAGAAGUCUAUGAUGUUGAAUCAGAUGAACUUGAUACUCCCCUAGGAAGUGAGGACGAUGGUGAUGAACCUACUUUUCCGAAGUUUAAAAUGCCCGAAAGUGGUGAUCAUGUGAGAUUUGAGCUUGGAAUGUCAUUUGCCUCAAAAAGUCUUAUUAGAGAGGCAGUGAAGUCAUUUGCAAUGGAAAAGAUAAAAAACCUACAUAUCACGAAAAACAAUAGGAAACGAGUUGUUGUUAGGUGUGAUAAGGACUGUCCCUUUUAUAUGAGAUUUAAUAAAAGGGUAGCAAACGAAUACUGGUAG